GAGGAUUUCUACGUAAACAUACGGAUACGGUGAAGAUCUUGUCAAUACUAAAUACGGUUGUUACACAUUUACAUCUUAGGUUGAUUUCACUCCAAGGAGGCAAGGCAAGGAGACUAUCGAACAAGAGGGGCAGAACCGCAGAAUUUGAACCAGCAGACAAGCGAACAAGAGAGAGUUUGAUAAACCAGCAGACAAGCGAACAAGCGAACCAGCAGAACUUCAAUUUCUUGGGAAGGUCAAUGCUUGAUCAAUUCGUACCAAUCUGCUAGGGUUUCGCUGGCCAUGUCGCUUCCUCUCGGGAAGCUCACCAUCCUCGUUGGUGCAGGUGUUCUUGGAUCUGUGCUUGCAAAGGAAGGGCGUAUAGCAGAUGUCUCUGACCUUUUUUCUGGUGCUUUUAAGAUUGUCUGGAAGCAACUUAAGAGAGAUGAUUCUCCCAUGUCAAGGGUGUCAAGGGCCAAGCCACAAAAUGAUUCACUCCUAGCACAGGUCAAUAGCCUGAGGGAAGAACUUCAACUCUUGGCAUCAAAUAGAUCAGUUACGAUUGUAACUGGAAGUGCGUCAGGUUCCAAGUUCUAUGGUGUGCCAGUUGUUCUUGUUGUAGUUGUAGGAUAUGGGUAUAUGUGGUGGAAGGGCUGGAAGCUAUCUGACAUGAUGUUUGCAACAAGACGCAGCUUAUCUGAUGCUUGCACAACUGUUGCUAAGCAACUUGAGCAAGUUUCUUCAUCUAUUACGGCUGCCAAGCGACAUCUAUCUUCAAGAAUUGACCGUGUAGAUAGUAAUUUAGAUGAGUGUGCAGAAAUUACUGCUGCUACCAGAGAGGAGGUUUCCCAACUACAAGGAGAUCUGAAGAUGUUAGGCGUGGAUGUUGAGUCUGUUCAUCGUGUUGUCCAAACUCUGGAGAUAAAAAUUGGUAGAAUAGAAGGGAAACAGGAUCUUACUAAUGAAGGAGUUAAAAGAUUGUGUAAUUUUGUCUGGAACUUGGAGAACAGCAGACCUACUGACCGCAUUCAGGCAUCCUCAUCAAGUUCUUCCAGGUUGCCUUUUGAACUUCCACAAAUUACACCAACAUCAAGGACUGAGUCUUUGCCAGCAAAAGUUCUAUCUCUGGAACCUCCGUCUCCACCUGCAUCAAAUGAAUCUCCCAAGCUGUCACGUCCACUACAGAAUGCUGUCCCAGCGUCAGGCUUGAAGGAGCUACAAGGAAUUUCAGAUUCAACUACUUCAUCAAUCCAACCUGAAGUUCCAAAUGCGACCCGUGUUUCAGAAGAUAAAAGCAAUUGCUCUUCAAGUUCCCGUCAGUCUGGAUGGAAGCUCCCUAGCCUAAAUGCAUCUUUUCUUACCAGAACGCGCAGUGCGACUUACUCUUUCAAGUAGCAAAUGGGGUACGAUGAUAUACCCUUUCAGAUUGAUGCGACUUUGUAGUUUAUUAUACUGUAUAUGAUUUAAAUCUCUUCUGUUGAGGGGGGGGGGAUUCAGUUUUGCCAUAUGGAAUAAACUCAUUAUAGGGAGUGCUCGGCUAUAUAUGCCAAAAUAGGACUGAGCACAGAAUUUUGUAGAUCGCCAUCUAAGCAUUUAGAGAUUCAUAAAUUGUAUUUGCUCUGCCUAAAAUGAUAGAAGGUUGUCAUUCGACAUUGUAAUCCAAGAGAAUGGUGGUGACGGCAGGGGGAGAUGAGGGCAAAAGUAAAUUAAGAAAUAAAAAGUCCAGAAAUUAUCAAUGUUAAAGAUCGAAAUUGAUAUUUUGAUUUUCUAGGGUAUAGUGGUGGUAUACAUGAAUAUCUUAAUGUUUCUCUAAAUUCGCAGUAUUUUCUUAGUGAAUUCCUGUUUUUCAUACUA